GAAGACAAUGGGAGUUGAUGGUGGCAGAACAAGGGUGGUUGAGCAACCCACCCGUCACAUAACUAAUAAACCAGUCAUCACACGUGUCCCGGAAACUCACAUUCAUUCAUAGUACUGUUACCUGAAGAAGGACACAACACAACACAACACAACCCAACACAAAGACAAGUGAACAAGUCUUAGGAGGAGAAUGAAGGCAACCAAGAGACCGAUCCACGCCCUGACCACAUGGGUUCGGCGGCAGCCGCCCAAGAUGAAGGCCUUUCUGGCGGUGGUUGCCGGCCUCGCAACCUUGCUCUUCCUCAGAAUGGUGGUUCACGACCACGACAACCUCUUCAUCGCAGCUGAGUUUGUUCACGCAUUAGGAAUUUCCCUCCUCAUUUUCAAACUCACCAAGGAAAAAACUUGUGCUGGACUCUCACUUAAAUCACAGGAACUGACGGCUAUGUUUCUAGCUGUUAGACUUUACUGCAGUUUUGUCAUGGAAUAUGAUAUACACACCAUACUCGACACGGCAACACUGGUGACGACCCUCUGGGUUAUUUAUAUGAUGCGCUUCAAACUGAAAUCCAGUUAUAUGGAUGAUAAGGACAACCUUCCAAUAUACUAUGUGGUGAUGCCUUGUGCUGCGCUCUCCUUGCUUAUUCAUCCAAAUACCCGCCAUAAUCCAAUUAACAGGAUUCUCUGGGGCUUUUGUGUUUACCUUGAAGCUGUAUCAGUUCUCCCUCAGCUGAGGGUCAUGCAGAACGCUAAGAUUGUUGAACCAUUCACAGGACACUACGUUUUUGCCCUUGGAGUUGCAAGGUUCUUGAGUUGUGCACAUUGGGUCCUCCAGGUAUUAGAUACUCGCGGCCGUCUACUAACUGCUUUGGGUUAUGGAUUGUGGCCUUCUAUGGUACUUCUAUCAGAAAUUGUCCAAACUUUCAUCCUGGCUGAUUUUUGCUACUACUACGUCAAGAGCAUCUUUGGCGGACAACUUGUUGUAAGGCUUCCUUCAGGAGUGGUGUAACUUAAACAUUCAUUUUCAGAUGCCUCAGAAUUAACGUUCCUUAAGCAAUGUUGAGAAUGUAAUAUAUAUGUAACUUAGACAAAUUUUGAUCAUCUUGUUCCGUUUCAAGUUAGUAUUGGUAAAUUGACAAAUAUCAGAAUAUCAAUUUUCUUC